UGUGUAUCUACUUAUACUGUGACCUGUGAUCGCGCUGGUCUGAAUCCAGUAUUACAUUAAUGACAGACACAAUCUCUUAAUUUCAUGGUUCGUGGUAAUCAGACUCCGCCAUUUGCGAUCAUUCACUGCAUUCAUUUUCGUUUCAUUUCGCUCGUCGUGAUAUUUGUCGUUGGAUUUUUUCCACACAACGCUUGAUAUUAUUGCUUUGCACGAUGUCGUUUAAUCGAGGAGUGAAAAGAGAUUCCUUUGGGAAUCGAGGAAAUUUCAAUCGAGGUGGUAGCGGUAGUGGUGGUAAUAGAGUCGGCAAUAACAGUGGUAUGGGAAACAACAUGGGUGGAGGAAUAGGUGGAAGUGGUGGUAUGGGUGGGAUGAAUCCCUGGGAAGGUGGCAUGAUGCCUGGCAGAGGUAUUCUGCCUACACCCAACAACAAUCUUUCCUUGGCAUCGCCACAGGCACAGCUGGCAAUUGCUAGCAAUCUUCUUACAAACUUACUUCGCAGUCAGCAAGAAGCACAGCCACAGGUACCAUCUCUUAUGAGUCUGGGAAAUAAUUAUUCUGGACCAGGACCGAAUUAUCCAAACCAACAGAAUUAUUCUUCUGGACGGUUUAAUGAUCGACCUGCACGGCAUCCUAUGAAAAACCAACGUCCUCAGCCAUACAACAAGAUGGGCAAUCGAGCCCGAGAUGGCCCUGCUGGGCGACGUGGCCCAUCCGCACAACAAUCUCGUGCACCCCAGUCUGGCAGUCAACGUAUGAAUGGAAACCAAAUCCAACAUCGCAACGAUAAAUCUUCUAAACCAAUUCCUGCCUCUAAACAAAAUCAGACUGCCAAAAAGGAACAGCAGGAUGUUAAGACCUGUGAUAGUGAAAAAGCAGAACCGCCUGUUCCGAAAAGCAACGACGCGGAUGAAUCUGAGGAAAAGAAGCGCGAUUGGAAGGAUGAGAAGAAUACAGAAGAUGUAACUAUGAAAGUUGAAAAAACAGAAGAUGAAAAAACAGAAGACGGUGAAAAAAAAGUUGAGAAGUCUGCGGAAGACUCUCCGUCGAAAGAAGCGAAAGAAACAUCUGAUAAAACCGAGAAAGAGAACACCAAAGUAACUGGCAAGAAAUCGGAAGCUAGACACGCUGAAAGUCGUUACUCCGAAGUUCCAAUGAACCAUAUGUUUUGUCACAUUUGCAAUAAGCAUAUGUGGGACGGAUUUUCCUUCGAAAAUCAUUUACGCGGACGUGCGCAUCAAUUGAUGAUGGAGAAAUUAGACGAGUCAUAUAAAUUGAAGGUCGAUCUGAUGAGACAUGAGUUGCGAGUUGCCGAAGAACAGCGUGAGCUUAGCUUGAAUAACUCAAAACGGCGUGGCAAAAAAGUUUCUGUAGAUUUCAACGUGAGAGAAUACUGUACGAUGUGUGAUCUGAACUUUUAUGGAACCUUGUCUACGCAUAGAAAGAGUGAGAAGCAUCAACAACUGAAAACAUUCUUACAUCCUCGAUGCUUCCCUUGCUUAAAGGAAUUCCCAUCUCGCAUAGAAUACGACGAACAUUGUUUAACACCUGCUCAUAUGAAAAAUGCCAUUCAAUGCGAGGAACAGACGAAAAAAUAAAAGAAGGAAACUAUCUUUAGCAGAAAACUGGCAAAGGGAGAAGCCGAGGUUCGUACUGCGGAAGACGAGGAAAAAGAUGUUUGCCAGAAUGAUGCAAAGAAUGAAAAAGAAGAAGAUUUAGGAGAGCAAGAAUACAUCAUGGAUAUUAUGGAAAAUAUGAAUGAGAAAAAAUUUAAAAUACCAUCUUACAAAUAUUGCCGUCAAAAUCAAAUCUUUAUUGGUAAAUCUAUGGUCAAGGAAGUCCAAGGAUUUUAUUGCGAACGUUGUCGAAGAUUCAUGCUAUUGGCUGAAGAUAUGAACGCUCAUUUACGUAGCAUUACUCACUAUCGAAAUUUUGUAGCAGAAGUAAAAUCAUUAACCUCUAAUGCACCAGCUACAGAAUCAAAAGAAACUGAUCAAGCUGAGACUGAGAAAAAUAAUGAAGUUAAAGAGGAAUGCGAUGUACACUGGAAACGUCGUAAGAUCAGUCAUGAUGAAAAUGAAGAUAAUGAUAAACCGAAAGAGCAACAAGAAAAUAGCGGCGAUAACGCAAAUGUAGCACCAAAGAGGUCAGAUGGGGAGGAAAAGUAUGAUCCAUUAGAAGCUGAUGCCGCCGAAUCAGAGGAGGAAGAAAAUCGAGAGGCAGAGGAAGACACAAAAGAAAUCACCGAGGAAAAUACUGCUAAUACACAAGAUACAAAAACACCAGUUGAUGAAAUGUGGACAGAUACAGAUAAUGAUAACGAUACCGAGAUGGGUAAUCUAAUUGACGAGGCAGACGAAAAAAAACCUACAGAUCAUGAAAAAUCCAUGCCGAAGAUAGAACGAAAUCAUAGUCCUCAGGUGAAAUCACCUAGAGGUCGCGGAUUUGUACGUGGUCGAGGUGGUCCGCGUGCUAGGAGAUCUCGGCGAUAAGGUAAUACUGCAAAAAUAUGAAAGUAAAUGCGA